GGCAGAAAAAGGAGUAAUAUUUGAGGUAGCUAAUAGAGUGGUGAUUGAGAGAGGUUAUAGAAAAUCUUUGGGAAGGAAAAUGGAAGACCCAAAAAGUCCAUGUGACAAGUUGAUUCAGGGAAUGAACAAAAUGAAACCUUACUUGGCUAUGGUCUCCCUGCAAUUUGGAUAUGCUGGGAUGUAUGUCAUCAGCUUAGUCUCCUUGAAUCAUGGCAUGAAUCACUAUGUACUCUCUGUGUACCGCCAUAUCAUUGCGGUUCUCGUCAUCGCUCCCUUUGCCUUCGUUCUAGAAAGGAAAAUAAGGCCAAAGAUGACUCUACCAAUCUUCCUGAGAAUAAUGCUGCUUGGUUUUCUAGAGCCAGUGUUUGCUCAGAAUUUAUACAAUGUGGGAAUGAAGUACACCUCAGCAACAUUUGCGUCAGCCACUGUUAAUAUCCUUCCUGCCAUUACCUUCAUAUUGGCUCUUAUUUUCAGGUUAGAAAGUGUCAACUUCAAGAACAUACACAGCGUAGCAAAGGUUAUUGGAACCACGGUGACCGUGGCAGGAGCAGUAGUGACAACUAUGUACAAAGGUCCGAGCCUGGACAUAUUCCAAUUCCAUGGACAAGGACGACAACUCCACCACACCACCACCACCACCUCCUCCGACGAGCACUGGGUCACCGGCACCUUAAUGCUCCUUGCCAGAUGCGGCGGUUGGUCCAGCUUCUUUGUUUUGCAGUCAUUUACAUUGAAGAAAUAUCCGGCGGAGCUUUCUCUAACAGCGUGGAUAUGCUUCAUGGGUGCAUUGGAAGGUGCAGUUGUCACACUUGUCAUGGAACGUGACACCGGAGUCUGGGCCAUAGGCUUGGACUCGAGGCUUCUCGCCGCUGCUUACUCUGGUGUGGUUUGUUCUGGAAUAGCAUAUUAUAUGCAAGGCAAGGUGAUGAAGGAGAGAGGUCCAGUUUUUGUUACCGCUUUCAGUCCUCUAUGCAUGAUCAUCACGGCGGCGCUCGGUGCCAUAGUUUUAGCCGAGCAAGUCCACCUUGGAAGCCUGAUUGGAGCCAUUAUCAUAGUGUUUGGUCUUUAUUCUCUGGUGUGGGGCAAAAGCAAAGAUCCAAAAGGUUUGGCAGCCUCGGAGGAUCCACUUGAUGAGACAACUAGUAGUGUGAGUCUGGAAUUGCCUGUCACAAUCACUAGUAGUACUAAAUCAUCCACCAAAAUUACUGAAUGCUGACCAUCAUAUCAACUGGGCCUAAUGAAGAUGUGUGUACCAUGGAUACUCCUAUGCCUCAGGAGUAAUGAAACAUAUUCCACUCAUGAACAAAGAUUUUAGUGGAGGUUUUAUCAUUAAAUUCCAAAGGGCUUGGGAAAAGUUUUAUGCACAUACCUUGAUAGUGGCUAUUAAGUAACUUUCUUUUAAGAGUUUUUCUUUUUGUUUCCUUUUCUUUCUUUUUAUGUAGCUUUGAGAAUUCGGAGGGGUAAAGUAUUUUACCGCUUGUGUGCGUCCUUCUUGAAAAAAGUUGAGAUGUUCGUCUCGGUUGGUUUACUGUUUACCAUUGUCAUACUGAAAUGGAAUUCAACCACUUCAAUUUUCUCUUUGUUUACUCCA